AUGGAUUCUGAUCUGGGUCGUCCUCAUUUCAAUGUUCCAAUUAUUCAUAUUAAUGAUCCUAAACCAUAUACUAGGACUCACGAAACCGCCGAAUCUCUCAAAAGCAGCAAUUGCAUUUUUUCGAGUGGUAGCUCUGAGGAUCUCUAUCUUUUUCACUCGAAACAAGCUUUUGGAAACAUUUUAAGCGAAACCUUGCAAACGAGGCCAAGCAAACAUUACUCACGCAAUGCUAAUUAUUCGAAGUCUUCUAAUCAUCGUGGAAAUGCCACUGAAACUGAACGCAGUUUUACAACUUACAACAUAAUUGUCACUGUUUCAAGCGAGAAAAAUGCUGGAACCUCUUCUUUGAUUUGCCUUCGUUUGAAAGGAGACAAAGGAAUCUCUCAGACUAUUUUACUCAACCACAUAUCCAGUGGAAUUCGUCUUAAGCGAUGCACCACAAGUGAAUUGCAAGUGAAGUGCAGAGAUGUUGGGGAGCUAUCGCGGAUAUUGCUAGAGAACAAAGAUUAUCGGAUCACUGUAGCAACCGGAGACUUUGAUGGGGCUGGUACCGACAGUCGAGUGUUUAUUGUACUGUUUGGCGAGUAUGGCGAGAGUCCCCAAUUCAAAUUGACCUCACCGGAUCGGCGGGAUCUCUUUAGUUCUGGCUCCGUCUCUAAGUUCAUCAUUCGCACUGCCAGUCUUGGAGACAUCUCCCACGUUCGUGUCUCUCGUGAUGCUAGCGGUUCCAAGUCAGGCUGGUUCCUGAAGCGCAUUAUCGUGGAGGAUCCCUCUCGACCCCAUCGCUGUUACCUGUUCAACUGCAACGAUUGGAUUUCCCUUCCCAAUACGAAUAAUGUCGACAGCUCUCAGAUCAUCAGAAGACAGGUGCCUCAUGUUCAAAGUGAUUACGAAUACCAUGUGACUUUUUAUACAUCGGAAUUCCGCGGUGCUGGCACAACGUCGGAUGUCUUUUUGAAGCUCUACGGUAGAGAGGGUUUUGACCGUGAGAGGUGGUUUAACAGUCAACCACAUCAGUUUGGAGUUGACGGAUCAACUACUCAAUUUAAGCUAAAAACUAAUCAGCGACUGGGUGAUUUGAUCAAGGUCAAAGUGGGUCUGGAAGCCAAGGGCAGCUCACCUGGAUGGCUACUUGAAAAGGUAGUUGUAGAGGAUAUUACCACUAAAAGGGUUUACACCUUUCCUUGUGGACAAUGGUUAAUUCCUGAGACAGACGGCGCUACAAUUUCCCGACAUCUGUUGGUGUCUCGCUCAAGAACACUAACUCCCACGAUUGCACAUCAACAGUUUGAAAUGACACUAAUUUCUAAGGCAAAAAAUGAUCAAGGGAAGCCAACGGAUGUCUACUUUCGACUUUUUGGACCCAAAGUGAAGCACUUCAAUGUAGAAACCUUUAGCUAUUCACUUCGAAUGGGUGAUUUUGCUCCACCUCAUAAGCAAUGCUCACCCAUAAUCUGUAUUCCUGGUGAACAGAUAAACACUAAUGGAAAGACCUUGGUUACUUUCAAAAUUGAUGGGUGUCAACGUCUUUCACCAAGUUCCAAACUCGCUCUGGGACAUGACGCUCCCAUCGAGGCAGCUGACUGGCUACUUGAAAAGGUCCAACUAAAGUCCUUGAACACUGGAAUUACUCAGACAUUUUGGUGCAAAAAGUGGUUUCCCUUUUAUGAUAAUAAAUUGAGGAGAAAAAUCGUCGGACCGCAAUACACUGUUCUGCCGUCGAAAAAGAUAACAGAUGCAAAUUGGCAAGUUGAGGUAUGCACAAGCAAAACAGUUGGAGCGGGUACAUCAGCCCGUGUCUAUGCGACGCUUUACGGGGACCAAGGAAGAACCGAUGAAAUCUGGCUAAAUGAGAUUCUCUCUUCCGACAAAAGUGUCCUCUUCGAACAGGGUUCAUGCAAUAUUUUCAAACUGAACUUGCCCUACAUUGGCAUUCCAUACAAAAUGCGCAUCAGACACGACGGCACUGGUCAUUCGCCAAACUGGCGCCCUGAAAAGAUUAUUUUACAACAUCUCCCAACCGGAAAGACGUACUUUUUCACCUGUGACAAGUGGUUGAAUUUGGAGGAUCCCAGAAGCUUACCUGUAUACGAAAUGCCAGCAUUUGGGUCCGAUAUUACUCAGCCUGCAUCGGUUCGCCACUACAGAGUGACUGUGGAGACUGGGGAGAAAUCAAACAAAUACUUGGACUCGAAUGUGUACAUAAACAUCUUUGGGAAUAAGGGCGAUACUGGUGUCCGAAGUUUGCACAAAAAAGGCGCAUUUUCACAGGGGAAGACUGAUGAAUUCCUGAUCGAGGCAGUUACUUUGGGCAGGUUGGAAAAGAUAAGAAUAGGUCACGAUGGUGAAGCUCCGACACCGAACUGGUAUUUGAAUAAAGUGACUGUGGAGGAAGUGGAAAAUUCAGCCAACAAAAUUGUGUUUGAACUCAAUGCUUGGUUGGCUACCCGAAGACCGGACGGUUCUUACGAGGAAGAACUCUACCCCACACAGAGACCAGAGAGUAAGGCUGCUGUUAUAUAA